UCAGUGGUCAGAAGAGGUAGAGAGUCUCAGAGGAAGGAGCCCCUGGGAGCAGGGCCCCACACGCCAUGGCCAGCGUGGUGGUGAAGACAAUCUGGCAGUCCAAGGAGAUCCAUGAGGCAGGGGACCCCCCGGCGGGAGUGGAGAGCCGCUCCCAGAUGAUCCCAGAGGCUCCUGGGGGGGUGACCAGCCCAGCCAAGGGGAUUGCGAAGAAAAAGAAGGCCGUGUCGUUCCACGGGGUGGAGCCUCGGAUGUCCCACGAACCAAUGCACUGGUGCCUGAACCUCAAACGGUCCUCGGCCUGCACCAAUGUGUCCCUGCUCAACCUGGCUGCCGUGGAGGCCACGGACUCCUCCGUGACAGACUCGACCACGGAAGACAGUGGCUCGCUGGCGCUGCCCAUGCCCCCCACCUCCCCCACCCCACCCUGGACUCCAGAUGAUCCAGAUAUCACGGAACUACUGAGUGGGGUCAACAGUGGAUUGGUCCGCGCCAAAGACUCCAUCACCAGCUUGAAGGAAAAAACCACCCGGGUUAAUCAGCAUGUGCAGACGCUGCAGAGUGAGUGCUCUGUGCUGAGUGAGAACCUAGAGCGAAGGCGGCAGGAGGCAGAAGAACUGGAAGGGUACUGCAGUCAACUCAAGGGCCCCUGCCCUGGUGUCCUGACCCAGGAGAACUGCCGGAAGGUGACCCGGUCGGUGGAAGAUGCUGAAAUAAAAACCAACGUCCUGAAGCAGAACUCUGCCCUGCUGGAGGAGAAGCUUCGCUACCUCCAGCAGCAGCUGCAGGAUGAGACGCCCCGGAGGCAGGAGGCCCAGCUGCAGGAGCUGGAGCAGAAGCUGGAGGCCGGCCUGUCCCGGCAGGGCUGCGCGGGGCCGCCCGGGAGCCCCGAUGACCCCCCACGGCCACGCGGCCUGGCCCUCGGCUGCUGGGGAGCAGGGGCCCGGGCAGGGGAGGGCCUCAUCAUGAGUGAGCAGGAGGUGCAGAAGGUGUCUGCAGGCCUGGAGGACCUGAGGAGGGAGGUGUCCUCGUUGACCGCGCGGUGGCACCAGGAGGAGGGGGCGGUGCAGGAGGCCCUGCGGCUGCUGGGGGGCCUGGGCGGCAGGCUGGACGGCUUCCUGGGCCAGUGGGAGCGGGCGCAGCGCGAGCAGGCGCAGACGGCGCGGGGCCUGCAGGAGCUGCGGGGCCGCACGGACGAGCUGUGCACCAUGGUGGAGCGGUCAGCCGUGUCUGUGGCUUCGCUGAGGAGCGAUCUGGAGGGGCUGGGCCCUGUGAAACCGAUUCUGGAGGAGCUGGGGCGGCAGUUCCAGAGCUCUCGAAGGGGGUCUGACCUCAGCAUGAACCUGGACCGGUCCUCCCAAGGCUCCUGUACCCGCUGUGCCAGCCAGGGGCAGCAGCUGUCCACCGAGUCCCUGCAGCAGCUGCUGGAACGCGCCCUGACCCCGCUAGUGGACGAGGUGAAGCAGCGGGGCCUGGCCCCCGCUUGCCCCAGCUGCCAGCGGCUGCACAAGAAGAUUCUGCCCAGUCAGGCAAGCCCAGCGGCGCCUACACUCCUCUCCCCAGGAGCUGGAGCGCCAGGCCUUGGCCAAGCACGUCAGGGCAGAGGCCCUGAGCUCCACCCUCCGCCUGGCCCAAGACGAAGCCCUGCGGGCCAAGAACCUGCUGCUGACGGACAAGAUGAAGCCGGAGUGAGGAAGGAGGCUGAGGGCAUGGGAGGAGGGGAGAAGGUGGCCUCUCUGGACUAUCUGCACUUGAAGAUGUGCUCCCUCCAUGAUCAACUCAGCAACCUGCCACUUGAGGGGUCCACGGGGACAAUGGGAGGAGGCAGUAGUGGGGGAACUCCCCCAAAACGCGGGGGCCCAACCCCUGAACAAUAAAUGGCUCCUCAUGCUGGCAUGAA